AUGCCACCCCCUCGCAGACGUCGUCGGAGCAGUUCUUAUACUUCUACUCCUGUGCCUAUGUCAGUGACAGCCGAUGUAGGAUCAGUUGUGCCACCUUCGGAGAUGCACGAGGACGAGCCGGUGCUAGAGCCUAUCUGGUACCCGAUGGGUCCUAUAGAUGCAUCCCUUUUGACAGGGUAUGACGAUCAUGCAGCCAGGCAUAGGGAUCCGCAUAGGUUCUACGACCACGGCCGGAAGAUUGCGGCUCUUGCGCAGCCUGACCAACCGUGGUUCCAGGAUGUACUAGCAGCUUCUGGUCGGAGGGACCUCUAUCAGGUGGGCUACACGACGACACAUAAUGGGAUGCUGAUGGAAUUUGCGAUGAGAUGGCAUCCGGAGAUUUCCUCAUUUCAUUUUCCUCACGGUAAGAUUACCAUCACUCUUGAUGAUGUGGCAUGCCUCCUACAUCUACCUAUCAGGGGUACCCUCCUUGGUCACGGUAGACUGACGAAGGAGGAAGAGAUGAAGAUGUUGAUUGUUGAGCUGGGGUGCGAUCCGGAUGACGCACUUGAGGAGGUGGAGAGGACCCGCGGGCGCAUGUGA